AUGGCAUCGCACUUGGCCAACAUCUUCGGUACUGAACAAGACCGUGUUAAUUGCUCGUUCUACUACAAAAUUGGCGCAUGUCGCCACGGUGACAGAUGUUCACGAAAGCACAUCAAACCCGCGUUCUCGCAGACCAUCCUUCUCCCCAACGUCUACCACAAUCCCGCACACGACCCAGUGUGCAAGCUGACGGAAAAGGAGCUGCAGGAGGGUUUUGACGCAGUUUACGAAGAUCUAUACUGUGAGCUGGCAAAGUUUGGGCAUCUUCUGGAGCUGCACGUUUGCGACAACGUCGGCGACCACUUGAUUGGCAAUGUAUAUGCGCGGUACGAGUGGGAGACAGAAGCACAAACGGCCGUCGACAAUCUUAACGACCGCUGGUACGCAGGUCGACCGCUGUACGCUGAACUGUCACCCGUGACGGACUUCCGUGAAGCAUGCUGCCGGCAGAACGAGAAUGGUGAAUGCAAUCGCGGAGGCUUCUGCAAUUUCAUGCACUUGCGCCUUGCUUCGCCAGAGCUAGUCCGUUCACUUCGCCACGGCCAAAGGCUGGAGCGGCGUCUCCACCCGCAGCAGAGCACAGGUGGCGGAGGCUGGGAGCCUAGCAAGUCUCGUGCUCGUAGCGCUAGUCCCCGCCGGAAAGGAGGGAACGACGGCGAAGAUCGAUGGACAAGGAAGUGACCAUGCAGUGCUUCGUUCGGCCGGGGUUCUGUCUUGUAUCUUUGGCAUCUAUUUGCAUUACUGGUAUAUCUCUGCUGUAGGAGCGUGAGUCACAAGUGGUCUUGCGUUGCCCUGGUGCCGUGUAUCCACCAGCUUCCACCAAAUCUUCGAUGCAUGAUGCAUAAUCCUGCCGAGGGGGUGAAUCGCGCGCGUGUGAUGAGAGCGGGCUGGUGAGCAACUGACUUGUGUACGUACAGUAACACUAUCAUACAAAACGCCCUUUGUAUUGGACACGGUCGCCAUCCUUCGCAAGAUUUGGCCAUUGCACUAAAAACCUGACAAACUC